AUGGCCUGGGCCCCCGGCGGCCUGGCCUACGCACGUAUCGUGGGUGGCGUCGCUGGCAGGCAGCAGGGCGUCAACGUCGGGGGCUACGUGGUCGAGUGCCACGAGCAACACGUGUCGCUUGCGGUACCUGCGCUCGCUGUCCGGGCUGUGGGUGGCGCGGCGUACGACGCGGCGGUGAACGACCGCAACGGUGCCGAAGUGCAGGUCGGCUUCGUGAUCGUGCUGCAUCGGCGCCUCAGACAGGAGCCGCCUGAAGGAUGGGCGGACGACUACAUGCACUUCGGGGACCGCGAGUUCGAGCUGGAGGCGCUGCAGAGCGGCCUGGACGACAGCUCGUCCGACUCAGAGGCAGAGCCGGAGGCUCGCCCAGUCCGCGGGGGGGCGGCCGCAGGAGCUGCGGCGGCCCGCAGCGACCGGAGGCGCCAGCUUUCCAGCAGCGACGAGGAGGCGGCGUUUCGCAGGGCCGCGCAGCCUGGGGCGAGCAGCAGCGGCUUAGGUGGGCCGGCGGCCCCCGGCGCGGCCGAGGCGGCGGCCAAACUCGACGCGAACGGGUUGCAGAGCUUGCUGCAGCUGAGGUUGCUCGAGGUGCUCGAGCGGCUCGAGACGGGCAAGAGAGGCAGCUCGUCGGGAGACGAGAGCGAGACGGUCGGAGGCCUGGGCAGCGUGGGCAAGGCGGGCAAGGCGGUGCGUGGCAUGCGGCGCCUCCGGCUGAGGGUGCGCCGCUACCCGCUCCGCGUCGUGAAGGUCUUCAGGGGCGAGGUGAAGCAGGCCUUCCGAGUGCAGCACGGUAUGGCCUGGACCUACUUGGACUACGAGAAGAGACACAUCCCGUGGGGCAAGCUCUACGACCUGAAGAAGACGUACGCGAUGCUGGUGGCCGUCCUGGAGUACAUGGAUCAGGGGCUGUUCGACGAGGCGCACGGCCAGCUGGUGCAGAUCAUGAAGGCGCUGCAGCAGGUGGCCAUCAACCACUCGCGGAAGACCGAGGUGGUGGCGGCCUACAUCGCGGAGCUGGAGGCCCUCGAAUCGAAGAUCAAGCAGCAUGGUGGCGCCGUUGCGAGCCCCGAGAAGUCGGACAACGGCCAGGGGGCCGAUAUCGGAGCGGGGGCCCGCACGACGGGCGCCAAGUCCACCAACAAGAAGAAGAAUAAGCCAAAGAAGGAGGCGGCGUGA